AAGUGUGCUACGCCAUCAAGGGCCCCCAGUCCCGGGUGCCUCGGGGAAGGUGUAGGGUCAUUAGCUGUUGAGCCGCCCCGGGCGGGCCCAAGCCUUUGCGUCUCAGGUGACCGGCACAGGCGGCCGCAGGUUCCGGAACUGCUUGUUCCGAGAGUGGAAGAGACUGGCCGGCGUUGGCCGCUGCUGCUAGCAGCUUGAACCCCAAGGUCAGGACCGAUGGCGGCUUGGGCUGCUGCCAGCCUAAGCAGGGCCGCUGCCCGAUGCUUGCUGGCACGAGGCCCCGGGGUCAGGACGGCUCCUCCGCGCGACCCCCGGCCCUCCCACCCUGAGCCCCGGGGCUGCGGUGCCGCUCCGGGCAGGACGCUGCACUUCACCGCGGCUGUCCCCGCCGGGCACAACAAGUGGUCCAAAGUCAGGCACAUCAAGGGUCCGAAGGACGUCGAAAGGAGUCGCAUCUUCUCCAAACUCUGUUUGAACAUCCGCUUGGCAGUGAAAGAAGGAGGCCCCAACCCUGAGCACAACAGCAACCUGGCCAAUAUCUUAGAGGUGUGUCGCAGCAAACAUAUGCCCAAGUCAACGAUUGAGACAGCGCUGAAAAUGGAGAAAUCCAAGGACACUUAUUUGCUGUAUGAGGGUCGAGGCCCUGGUGGCUCUUCUCUGCUCAUCGAGGCGUUAUCUAACAGUAGCCACAAGUGUCAAGCAGACAUUAGACAUAUCCUGAAUAAGAAUGGAGGAGUGAUGGCUGUAGGAGCUCGUCACUCUUUUGACAAAAAGGGGGUGAUUGUGGUUGAAGUGGAGGACAGAGAGAAGAAGGCUGUGAACCUAGAGCGUGCCCUGGAGAUGGCAAUCGAAGCAGGAGCUGAGGAUGUCAAGGAAACUGAAGAUGAAGAAGAAAGGAACGUUUUUAAAGGUAUAGGUGAGACAGUUCACAUAUUGUACAAACAUUUAUUAAGUGAAUACUGAAUAGGACCGACUCUAGUGAGGACUAUGAGAAAGAGUCAAAACAUUGAAAACGAUGUCCCUGCCAGUGAAGAGCUCAAACCCAGUGAUCCAUUCCAGUACUGACAUUCAGGACUUUGCAAGGUCCUGUCUGGCUUUGUCUCAUUACCUCCUGGCUCCUCACCUCCUGACUUUCCUUUAUCCCUAGUUUAUUUGUGAUGCCUCUUCACUGCACCAAGUGAGGAAGAAGCUGGACUCCCUGGGCCUGUGUUCUGUGUCCUGUGCACUAGAGUUCAUCCCCAACUCAAAGGUGCAGCUGGCUGAGCCCGACCUGGAACAGGCCGCACAUCUCAUUCAGGCUCUCAGCAACCACGAGGAUGUGAUUCACAUCUAUGAUAACAUUGAAUAACCAGGCUACAUGUGCCCCCGGGUUCCUUCCUAGAAAUGUGGCAGCCCAUUCCAGCACACAGGCUUCUGCAGCAAUCUCUGAGGGUAAAGCCGGUGGGAGGCUCAGCAGGCCAGGAGGCCCAAGGCCAGGACUUGCGACCUUGAAGCCAAAGGAAUCUCACUUGUGGGGCCUCCUUGUCAGCUCUGCUGCUGUCUCAGAGCCAUCUGGAUGAGUGUCCCGACACCCUCUUGGAUGCAGGGCAGGACCACCCAGCUGGUCAGACUGAUGUUGGGUAGCUGGCCUCUGUGGGGAUUGUAAGUGCCCUGAGGUGCUCUGUACUAGAAACUGCUUUUAAUAAUAACAGUGAUUAUUGGUUGCUGCA